GAGCACGCACGUUCUGACGAGAGUGUACGAGACUGAACGAGUAUAAAAAAGAGACGAUUUGAGCGAAUAAUGAGCUGGCAAAAAAAAAGCAAAAUUCCAUAUUGCUAGUCGUAACGUAGUGGAAUAACGUAUAAAUGUGAACAACAGUGUGUUUUUAGGGCACGAAAAUUAUCGAGAUUAGAAACAUUUCGUCGACUUUCAUACGAAACUCAAAAUUCUCUCGCUCUGUACGAGAGCAACGGAAGGAGGGAAGAUCGGAUUUGAGCUCUAUGUCAGCCACGUCGGCUCGAUUCGGCCGAUCUUUAAUCUCAUACAACAGAAUCGAGUCUUAUUGCGGUUUUCUAAUUCAAGAAACGACAACAUCGACAGGACGAGAGAUACAGAAUGCUCAACGAAAUUACAGCUGCUGCGCUGUUCUUAGUACAGCUGAUAGAAAAAAACGAAAAAUUUAGUCAAGAUCAAAUCGAAUGCUUUGGACGUAGAUUGGUCGAAUUGCUAACCGAACGCUUUGAAAAUCACUGGUUCCCAGACAAACCAUUUAAAGGUCAAGGCUACAGAUGUAUCAGAGUUAACGGACAUAGCAGACGAGAUUCGACUUUGGAAAGUGCUGCUUAUGCAGCUGGUGUCAAAUACGAAGAUUUAUCCCUACCCGUUGAAUUGACGCUAUGGGUCGACCCGCACGAAGUAUGUUGCCGCUUCGGAGAAAGCAAAGGUUCUUACUGCACUUUGGCCUCUUUUGAGAAAGAUACCAACACCCCAAAAAUUGAAAACAAAGAAAAUUUACCCACUAACGGGGGAUCGAAACAAUCACAGAAGAAUCCCGCUACCAACUCCAUCAAUACUGAGCCAAAACCAUUGGGCUCGUCCGCUCAAAAUCAACAGUCACAACAACAACAACAACAACAACAGCAUGCCACCAACAACACUACCGCACCAUCAGCAGGAAGAAGACGUAAUUCGAAUAGCCCGAGAUCACAUCCAAGCCGAAAUCGUUCAUGGUUCAAUCAUUCAUUUGGAAUGGGCUUCGGUGCUCAUCCAAUGAGUCAAGCUUGGUACGGCGUGAUGCCUCCUCAUUUUCUAGGCGGUCCCUCACCACCCCCGUUCAUUGGACACCGAGGAAGCAAAUGGAUCCAUCCCUCGUCUUACCCGGGUACCGGAUUUACGACACGUUUUCAACACCAUUGGUCAACCCCCAGAGCGACUCUUAAAGUAUGAACAAAACACGAGCUCACAUAUGGAUCGUCACGUUGGGUUUGAUCAGAUCGAGCUUUAACGCGGCCCCUGCACCUUGAAUGCAAAAUUCCUCGUCUCAAACUGAAACUGAAUAUAUAUAUUAUUUAUUUAUAAAGCAGCUCGUUCAAUGCUGUCGAAACGUAAAGAAACAAAAAUUAUGACUUUAUUAGUAGGGUAACAAGGACAAAGCAAGGUUGCAUUCGGAUGUAUAUCGAAAAAUAUUAUAUAUACAGUUAUUCCUUUUUUCCUCUCUCUCUCUCUCUCUCUCUCUUUCUCUCUUUCUCUCUUUUAUCCGUGUUUGAUAAAAAGAUUUUUUCCUUUGUUUAAUUCUUUUCCUUCAAGUUGAUUAAAUUGAAAAAAUUUUAAUGGAAAUGUUGUAAAUGGGAUUAUUUUAAGGACACGACACGACGAUACGAAAUGAAAAAUCAUUCUCGCCAGAUCAAGGAAAACGAUUGUUAUCGAUGAUUUUUUUUUAAUAUGAAAUUGAAUAUAUAUAUAUAUAUAAACAUAUAUAUGUAUAUCUACACAUCUAUAUAUACACAUGAUAUAUCAAUGUUAGUCAUAUUAAAAAUGUUUUAUUAUGUCACACCACUGUGCGCAUAUAGAAUGCGAUAGGGUUCAUCAAUAAAUAGUUUUGCAAAUUGAAA